UCGCGCGCAGUGCUCUGAGGAAGUCAUACAGAUUGCUUGGUUGGUAUUGUAGGCUGUACUGUCGCUCACGCUUUGGAGCUUUUUACAGAAUUGAAAAGCACUAUCUACAUGCUUUAUGCAUGGAUUGACAACCACGAUUCUGACGUGAAAGAAGGGGACGAUUCCAGAAAAGAAACACUUUCUUGAAUCCUGACCCCAUACUCCUCCAGACAACAUUAUCAAUUUCAAGUGUCACCGAAAAACAGUCUCAAGACUAAAGCCAUGCCCUGCGUUCAGGCUCAGUAUGGGUCAUCACCGCAAGGAGCCAGUCCCGCUUCUCAGAGCUACAGCUACCACACCGCUGGAGAAUACAGCUGCGACUUCUUAACACCUGAGUUUGUUAAGUUUAGUAUGGACCUGACCAACACUGAGAUCACAGCUACUACUUCUCUCCCUAGUUUCAGCACGUUCAUGGACAACUAUAGCACCAGUUACGACGUUAAACCGCCCUGUCUAUAUCAAAUGCCGCAUUCUGGAGAGCAGUCCUCCAUCAAAGUCGAGGACGUCCAGAUGCACAGCUAUCAUCAGCAGAGCCAUUUGCCAGCUCAGUCGGAAGAGAUGAUGGCCCACUCCGGCUCUAUGUACUUCAAACCCUCCUCGCCUCAUGCCCCAACCACACCAAACUUCCAGGUUCAGCCCAAUCACAUGUGGGAGGACCCUGGGUCCCUCCACAGUUUCCACCAGAACUAUGUGGCAGCGACCUCUCAUAUGAUAGAGCAGCGCAAAAACCCGGUGUCAAGGCUGUCACUAUUCUCCUUCAAACAGUCCCCUCCUGGUACCCCUGUGUCGAGUUGCCAGAUGCGAUUCGAUGGCCCACUGCAUGUCUCCAUGAACCACGACAACCCAGGAGCACACCGAGGCUUAGACAGCCAGAGCUUCGCGGUACCCAGUGCUCUAAGGAAACAGGCCGGGUUAGCCUUUCCUCACUCCCUUCAGCUCGGCCAUGGACACCAGUUGAUGGACAGCCAAGUUCAUUCGCCCCCGUCCAGAGGGUCACCAUCAAACGAGGGUCUGUGCGCAGUGUGUGGGGACAACGCCGCUUGCCAGCAUUAUGGAGUGAGAACCUGCGAGGGUUGCAAAGGAUUUUUUAAGCGCACUGUUCAGAAAAAUGCUAAAUAUGUGUGUUUAGCGAACAAAAAUUGUCCUGUCGAUAAACGCCGAAGAAACCGUUGCCAGUACUGCCGUUUCCAGAAGUGCAUGGUUGUCGGAAUGGUCAAAGAGGUUGUCCGGACUGCUAAUCUAAAAGGUCGAAGAGGCCGUCUUCCCUCCAAACCUAAAAGUCCCCAAGACCCCUCACCACCCUCGCCACCUGUCAGUCUCAUAAGUGCCCUUGUUAGGGCUCAUGUCGAUUCCAACCCGUCCAUGUCUGGCUUGGACUACUCAAGAUUUCAGGCUAACCCUGACUACCAAAUGAGUGGAGACGACACCCAGCACAUCCAGCAGUUCUAUGAUCUCCUGACGGGUUCCAUGGAGAUUAUCCGAGGUUGGGCGGAGAAGAUCCCUGGGUUUUCUGAUCUUCCGAAGCAGGAUCAAGAUCUCCUUUUCGAAUCAGCCUUCCUGGAACUUUUUGUUCUGCGGCUGGCAUACAGGUCCAACCCAGUGGAAGGCAAACUCAUUUUUUGCAACGGGGUGGUCUUACACAGGCUGCAGUGUGUCCGAGGAUUUGGGGAAUGGAUAGACUCGAUUGUGGAGUUUUCCUCUAACCUGCAGAGCAUGAACAUCGACAUAUCAGCAUUCUCCUGCAUCGCCGCUCUUGCCAUGGUAACAGAGAGGCAUGGGCUUAAGGAACCCAAAAGGGUUGAAGAACUUCAAAACAAGAUAGUGAACUGCCUUAAAGACCAAGUGACAUUCAAUGGCGGAGGUUUGAAUCGUCCGAACUACUUGUCAAAACUUUUGGGAAAGCUCCCUGAACUUCGCACCCUAUGUACACAAGGUCUGCAACGUAUCUUCUACUUAAAACUCGAAGACUUGGUUCCUCCGCCAGCAAUAAUUGACAAACUUUUCCUCGACACUCUACCUUUUUAAAUAGACGUUAAAACGGACUUUUGACGAGACCUCAAAGAACUUCCACAGACUCUGUUUGAGUCAGCCUAUCAGAUUUGAAAGAUGUUAUCUCUGAAUAUUUGCAAGCUCCAUAGUACAAUCAAGGAUCCACGAAAUUGAUAUAAAGAAGAGUGAGAAAAUUGGGUUCAGAAAACCAACUGAUCUUCGAUCUUUUUUUAAUGUAAUUGCCAGAAAUGUUGUGAGUAGCCCAUGAUCGACCCCACACCGGGGGAAGUCUCCAACUCUUCUCUUGACUUAAUGUGGAUAAUUCUCGACCAAGUGAAACACUUUGUUGCAAUUCUUAUUCCUUAUUGUUGACUAACCAUCUGCUCCAUUGAUAACGCAUACUGAGAUGUAAUAUAUUCCAUUUAUAUAUACACAUAUAUGAUAGAUUAUGUGAUGCGUCCAAAGCGUCAAUUUAUAACACUUGUAAAAAGUUUGUUAAUGACAAAAUUUAAUUUGACUUUUAUGACUUGUGCCUAUAUGUGUUUCUGUCAGGAUCCCAGAGGUGCGAAAGUAUUUCGAAAAGACAACGCAUGUUGUAGGUUUUUAUAGGCACUGGCUGUCGAGGAGACAUGUCUAUAUUAUACAUUAUAUACUGGACACUAUGUAGUCUGCUAGAUUUUAUAAAGAUUCGUAGUACUGGCACACCUUUUAUGUAUGACGCAUAUGUGAAAAGUAUCUCCAUCUGUAUAGAUAAAGAGGGAUCCAUGGUGUUUGUAAAACUGUCAGACAUUCCUUGUUUGUAUGUGUUGUAAGUAUUGUUGCUGUUGAAUAUAAACGUUUAUAUAUUUAUUA